AUGCUCUGCUUGAAAUGGUUCAACACUCUCUUGAUCGGCAAAACUGAGAAAUUGUCAUUUGGCGAACAGCCAGAAGGACCAAUAAUGAAUAUGCCGGAUCUGGUAAUGAGAAAGAUUAUGGAAAAUGUGGAUUUUAUCACGAUGCUGAAACUUCGAAAAGUGUGUCACGCGUUCCGAGCCUUUAUUGAUGAUACAAAACUGGAUAACGAGUUGACAAAAGUCAAAAUCGAUGUGACACCGUCAACGAUAUAUGCGUUUCUCGAUUUCGCUUCAGCACCUUGGAAAUCUAUAAACUCGAAUUAUGUUGCAUAUGGGAACAAUUGUUUGUUAAAAGUCAAGGAAGGAAGAAAUGAAAAAGCUAAACUCAUAAAAAACCAAGAUUUUGUUGAUACAUUUUUCAACGAUUUUGGUUUUAUUUUAAGAAACCAAUCAACACUGUUGAAAACCAUGAAUAUCGAGGAAUCGUCAUAUAAUUGGUAUUUCCUAGAUUCCUACGACAGAGAUCUUCUGAACAGAGUUAAAACUAUAUAUUCGAUUUACGGAUGCUGCACUUGUACACGUCCGUUGAGAAAUUUCAUCGAAGCUCAAGAACAUCUAGAAAAAAUAAACAACAAGUAUACGUUGCAACAAACUACCGAUAAGUUUUAUGGCCGUUUUGCUGAAAUUUUGAAAUCAAGAGAAUCUCCCAUUCUUAUACAAAAUCUGGAAAUGAGAAUUUUGCGACCAAGUCAUUUUUUGAAUAUGGCUCGGCUCGUUGAUAUGAAACAGUUGAAAGGGAUCGUGAUAAGGAAGACAUCUGAGUAUAAUGAUAAUAAAGAUGGAACACACCUGAUUUUGGAUGAAAUCGUGGAGUUGGAUGUGUUCGAUUGUAUCCAAGUAUUGAGUAUUAGGAAUUUCAAAGUAACAUUGCCUCUGGAAACGUUUCUACAUAUACCAGAUCUGACAGUUACCAUUUCAACACUAACUAUUGAAGAUGUUUUGUUGAUAAAGAAAAACAUGCUCACUUCUCCAAUUGCCAAAUCUCGUUGCGUUUUUUAUAAUCAUAUAAAAGACUCGGAUACAUUAUACAACACCCUUGGAUAUGUGAAUUCUAGCUAUACUAUACAAUACUGGUACUACAAAAUUCCGGAAUCAGAUCAAACGCUUCAAAUCAGCAGGGAAAAUUUUGAAACUUGUAUGCGACCAAGAUGCUUUACAUGGAUCAAAACUUCAUGGAUUUCUAAAAAUGCGGUGGUUUAUUAA